GUUGCAGACGGAGCCGACUUCCGCCCAUGUUGCCUGAUAGGUGCUUGGCUGCUGGGGUGCCAUCCAAAGCAGGUGCCUUGUUCAGCAGCGCACAGUGCAUGUACACCUUUUGCUGAUCAAGAUGGCAUUAAGAUCUGUGAAUGCUGCAAGCCAACUUUCCUCAUCUGGUGCUUUCUUUCUAUCGUCUGACAAGUUUGAGAAGCCGCACUUGGGCGGGUCAGCAUCAGCUGCAAGAAGUGCGUUUGCUUGUCACGAGCUCCCUCGCUUGGGCAGGCAAGCAGCUCUAAGAAACAUUAAUCAACCUGAAUCAGACCCACCAUUCAGGACAAUUUGGAAGCUUACACCAGAUGCUUCCAAGGUAUCAAAGAUAAGCAAAACCACCGGAAGGAGGCGCUUGAAGGCGGCUGGGGCUGCCUCCACACCGUCCUCGGACACGGGCGCUUUGGAGCAGCCCGAAACUUCAACAUCCGAAAAUGACGCGCCUGGAGAUGAGAACACACCCUCGGCUGCUGGCGGACAGAAUCGAGGGGUCUUGACCUCCCUGAAGGACAGGUUCAUCGGGAAGGAGGCAGUCAAAGACUUUGGCUUUCUGGGGGAGCUGCCGGCAUCCUUCAGAGUGCUCCUUGGCAUGGGGCCAGUUUAUGCCCUGGGCCUGAUUCUCCUGCAAUCGCUCCUGUGGUUUAUCCAGGAAAUGAUACAGGUGGCCACCGUGAAGCUGAUUCGCGCGCUCGACCCCCCCGCUCUCAUCAUCGUCAACAAGCUCUCCGUCUUCACCGCCCUUGCCUUCUUGCUGCUCAACAUGAGCUACCUGGCCCUGGCCACCGGCCUGUCUAUCACGGCCGUCACACGCACUGUUGCUGCCACUCUCUCACACCGGCCUGUGCGGAUACGGGACACGCUGCGGGACUGGUGGGCGCACGCGCGGCCCCUGGCGAUGACCCAGCUGAAAGUGUACUGGCCCCUGCUGCUGGUGGUCGUGUACGCAGGCCUGGAAGGGGACAGGUUCCUGGAUGAUACCAGGACGCGCCAGUUGGAGCUCAUCCAGGAGAUGAAGAUCCUCAACCGCAUCAACCCCCUCACCCUGGUCGCGCUCUACCCCGGCCUCCGCCUGCUGCGCAUCGCGUCUUGGUUCUCCUACUUCUUCUACGCCCUCACCGUGCUGCCCCUCCUCGGAGUCGCCGGGCCCGCCAUCCUCCUCGAAAACGUCUCCAGCAAGCAGGCCGUGCGGCAGCGCCGCUUCGUGCACCCCCCCUCGUUCCCGCUGUACCGCCUGCUGCCGCUGCUGACUCCUAUCGCAGUCAUGCUCUACUUCACUUUCUUCACCAAGGCGCCGCUGCCCAUCAGCACAGUGACGGUCGUCGAGUGGUCGCACCAGGCGCGCGCGCGGCUCGGCAAGGCGGCCUGGCUCGUGCUUGCGAGCGUGAUCCAGGUGCUGCUGUACAUUAGCUACCGGAAGGCCAAGGAAGGAGACGCCUUCGGCAGCACGCAACUCGGGGCAUACGUAGGUAGCGUGGAUGGGCAGGAUGAACGGGGGCAAAGUGGCGAGGGAGGCCUGAGCGAAGCUUCGAAGGAGGGACAGGAAGUGGCGGAGGAUGAGACGUUAGAUGCGGCACGGUCAGAGGUAGAGGGUGCGUUAAAUACGGCGCAUGAAAAUGGGACGAAGGGAUCCGACGAAGCGAGGGACGGGAGCACGAGAGCGUCGGCAGACUUCGGUUCAGAAGGUACCUGAUGACAGCGUGCAAUCCCUGCCCAAAUCGGCUGUGUCGAAGGGAUGGAGCUGGCAGCUGGUCAGACACUCCCUCGGCCGCCUGUCAAGGCCUUGAAAAUAGCAGCUUGGCCUUAUACGUGCUGAGUCAUGGUAGAAAUGAGCAGCCAACGAAGGAAACACCGUGGUCAGUGCAGUUGCUCUGGCAGCAUCGACCGUCAAGGUUGCUCCCUGUUCGAAGCGUGCCAUAUACGAAUUGUAAGAUAUGCAUCUCUGUCCAGACAUGCGAUGUUUGAAGCCACCGUGGCAAGAUGCAGUUUCCUCUGCGAAUGAAGCACGCCGUUUUGCUGAGCAUGUGACAUGCAGGAAGUGUCAACGAAACUGUUUGAUACUGAACGAUAAGCAGCGGUAGUCCUCGUAGCUAGGAGGGGCGGCAACUGUCAGCUGUCUUUAUAGGAGCUACAGCUGUCUGGCACUUGUCGAGCAUGUGCAACCACAGGAUGCCAAGGUUGUAGUUGCGAGGCCGUCAUGUAUGUCCAAC